GGAGGUCGGGUGGUAGGAGGCAGCUUGUCGCUCUUGUCGGGUCAGCUGGUACAGCAGCAGCAGCAGCUUCUCUCUGACAGAUGUGAGCCACUUUGUUGAACCAUGCGUGUUGACAGCGGCUGUAAACCCACAGAGCAGAUGCAGACUGACUUCAGCCUCAGCGCAGAAAUGAAUGAUCCGACAGUCCUGUUCGGAACUGGGACGAUUUGAAGAGGAAGAACUGUUGCAUCUUCGGAGUAACAAUCGAGGUUUUUUUUUUUUUCUUCCCUCCAACCCCACGCUCUCUGUUAUUUGUUAAAAAAUAUUGCCUGAAGAAUAGAGCAUAUAUGAUGAAAUGCAAGGCCAACCAGACCAGGACAUACGACGGAGAUGGCUUCAAGCGAAGAGCGGCGUGUUUGUGUUUGAGAAACGAGAAGGAGGACGAGGUGCUGCUGGUGAGCAGCAGUCGACAUCCAGACCAAUGGAUUGUUCCUGGAGGAGGGAUGGAGCCUGACGAGGAGCCCGGUGUUGCUGCCGUCAGGGAGGUGUACGAAGAGGCUGGUGUGAAGGGAAAACUUGGCAGACUUCUUGGGAUAUUUGAGCAGCACAAUCAAGACAGAAAGCACAGGACGUACGUCUACGCUCUUAUUGUGACAGAAACACUGGAGGACUGGGAGGACUCUGUUAACAUUGGUAGGAAGAGGAAGUGGUUCAAGGUGGAGGAUGCCAUCAGGGUGCUGCAGAGCCACAAGCCUGUCCACGCAGAGUACCUCUGCAGACUCGCGGACACCUGCAGCCCCCCUUACGGGCCUGUGUGUUGCCCCCGAACGAUGGACAGCAAGGCCCCUCACUAUGUUGUUUGCUCAGCGCAGGACUCAGAGCUCUUCAACAGAUAGGCCUUACAGCUGAGAGUUCCUCCACCGAUGGACUAUACUGAAGCAUUGGUUGCUUUAUGAACACAGGUUUUUCACUUGAACAAUACUAAUUUUGCAGGAAGUUAAAACAAAAACAA